AAUUAGCCUGUUCCCAAACGAGGCCAAGGCGUACUUUGGUUUGCUUAGAGUUAGCAAUGGCAACAAAACCCGGGGUCGUGUUUGAGGAUUUUUUUCCAUCCAUGGUAGAGAAAAUGGGAGCGGAAGGAUUCAUGAACGAGCUCUGUAACGGGUUUCGCUUGCUAAUGGACGGUGACAAGGGAGUCAUCACAUUUGAGAGCUUGAAGAAGAACUCAGCAGUGCUAGGGUUGCAGAACAUGAGCGACGACGAGCUCAUAUGUAUGCUGAGAGAAGGCGAUUUGGACGGUGAUGGGAGUCUGAAUCAGAUGGAGUUUUGUGUUCUUAUGUUUAGACUUAGCCCGGAAUUGAUGAAAGGUUCAAGAAGGUGGAUUGAAGAAGUUGUGAUGAAUGAGUUAUAGGAUUCUCUCUGUCUCUCUCUCUCUCUCUACUUCUUAGGCCACCUUUGUUUGUUUCUUAACUAUUUUGUAUCUGUUUUUCUAGGUUUUCAUGAAAUGAUGAUUCUUCAAUGCAUCCUAGUUUUGUUAUGUAAA